UCAUAAACAGAUUUAUGUUCUCGAAAACGUUCAAAAAGUAAACAAACCAAAAAAAUAAAUCUGAAAGAAACAACACUCAAUCAAUAAUCUUUUAUUCUUAUAAACGGCUUUUAAUAUGAAAAAAUAAACCAUGAUAAAUAUGACAAUUACAAUUAAUGUAACGUUCAAUGUUUCCUUCAAUACAUCAAUAACAACGCAAACAGAAGAAAUACCACAAGCUCUGCGAAUUGUGACGUUGAUAGUUUGUUUUGUUGUAAUUACUCUUGGUGUUAUCGGAAACAGUUUAGUGUUGAUUGUAUUUUGUCAAAAGUGGUCAAACCUAAAUUCAUGUGAAAUCUUCUUGAUUAAUUUGGCGAUUGCUGACUUUUUGAAUGCAACUGUUGCUCCUGUAAAAACGGUUUUAGAUUUAGUACAUAUUAAUUUGUUUAGUAUUGGAAACGAUGGAUGCAAAAUUAUUUCAUUUUUCGGUAUAACAAGUAUAACAGUGUCCGCUUUUACUUUACUGACAGUAUCUAUCGAUCGAUUUAUUAUUGUAAAAUGGCCUUUACACAAGAGGCCAUCUCUAAGUACAUUAUUGACAUUUGUAACUUUAAUGUGGUUGGUAGCAGGAUUAGUUGGAUGUUUUUAUUUUGUUGGUGAAAAUGUUAAACUAGGCCUUCACUCGAAAAAUGUUUAUUCAUGUUUUAAUUACAUGAAACAAAAUGAUUUUGUUGUUUUCAGUCUUGCUGUUUUCUGCAUACAGUGUGUUAUACCAAUUAUAAUAAUGACCGUUAUCUAUAUGUUGGUUAUAUUAGAAUUGAAAAAAAAUGCAAAGAGUGGAAUUUUUGCCCACUGCAAAAACGAAAUGAAGUUAAGACUGUCACAAAACAAAAAAGUAACAAAAAUGAUUUUUUUAGUUGUAUUAGUUUUUUAUUCGUGCGUUUUACCGUCAAACAGUUUUUAUAUGUGGUAUUUGUUUAGCGGACAAAAACAUCCAUUUCGAAUGGUUAAAGUUAUAUACGACAUACUUUUAAUGCUUCAGAUGUGUAACAGCGUUGUUAACCCAAUUAUAUACAGCCGGUUACAUACUUCUUUUAAAAAAGAUAUACGUAAAGUAAUUUUCUCAUGUUGUUUUAACAAACUGGAAAAAUGGGAGACAAUCCAAGAUACUGUUCGUUCGAUCCUUCAUUAUGGCUCACCAUACAGACGACGCUCAAGUUCUUUUUCUUUAAAAUCACGGACAUCAAUAAUUUCUUUACAACAUAUUUCGCUCAGUAAAAGAAGAAGCACAUUCGACGAUGAUUCGCGGAGACCAUCUGUGGAAACAUCAUUUAUAAGUGAUAGUUGCAGCAAAUUAGAUCAUAACAAAGAAGAAAACAAAAUACCAUAUUACAAAUGCCCAUUAUUAUCACCAAAUAUAUAAAUUGACAAUUUAUUUGUAACGAGAAAAUGAAAAAGAAAGUAUAAAAUUUCAAUUAAAAGGAAGAAGAGAAAUAGAAAAAGAAGAAGAAAAUAAAAUACAUGAAUUAAUAGUAAAUCUUGAGAAACGAUCAACAGUUUUUUUUUUUUAUUCUACACAAUUGAUUAGUAAAUUUGUCCAUGCUGUAUUUAAAUAAAAAUCAUUAACUAACAA